AUGGAGCUGGGCCGCAACGUAGAGCGCGACUUGGACGCCUUGUCCCUGAAUGUCCAGGGCCGGAGGGGAGAGGCGGCGACGGCGACGUUGCCCAUUGUCAAGUAUCCCGCCAAGCUUCACGCUCGUCGCGUCGCCGCCGAGCUCGACGUCGACAAUGGCCUCGUCUAUCUAGCAGGCCAGCCCGAGGUCAACUUGGAUGACUCGGAUCAGCCGCGGCCUUUUCGUCAACGGCGAUACUUCUUCUACCUUGCCGGCGCCAACUUUGCCGGCUGCCACGUCACCUACGACAUUGCCGCCGACCACCUCAUUCUCUGGGUUCCCCACGUCGCGCCCAAAGACGUGCUGUGGUACGGGUCCAAGCCGUCGCCGCAGCGCUGCAUGGCGCUCUCAGACGUUGACGACGCCCGCUACGCCGCCCAGCUGCCCGACUACGUGAGCCGCCACCACGCCGCCUCGACCGUCUACGUCUUGCACGCGGACCAGGCGCCGCCGCCGCCCCAUUCGGCCCACGGAGGGGCCGCGGCGAGGUGCCGCAUCGACGACGUCCGCCUCAGGCCCGCCAUGGACCGCGCGCGCGUCGUCAAGACGGACUACGAGGUGGCCAUGGUGCGCCGCGCAAACGACGUCUCGAGCGCGGCGCACCGCUUCGUCGCGGAGCGCCUGCUGCGGCUCGACAGCGAGCGCGACGUCGAGGCCUUGUUCCAGGCUGCCUGCCACCUGCGCGGGACCAGGUCGCAGGCCUACGCCGUCAUUGCCGGCGCGGGCGCCAACGCCUCGACGCUGCACUAUGUCGACAACGACGCGCCCCUCGCCGGCAGGCAGCUCGUCCUGCUCGACGCCGGCUGCGAGUGGGACUGCUACGCCAGCGACGUGACGCGCACCAUGCCGCUCUCGGGCUCCUUCUCGCCCCGCGCAGCCGCCGUGCACGCCGUCGUCCAGCGCAUGCAGGACGAGUGCAUCGCGAGGGUCAGGCCGGGCGCCGUGUACUACCACCUGCACCUGCACGCCGCGGCCGUUGCCCUGGCCGGUCUGCUCCAGCUCGGCAUCCUCAGGGGCGACCGCGACGAGAUUGCGCGCGCGGGCACCGUCGCCGCCUUCUUCCCCCACGGCCUGGGACACCACGUCGGGCUCGAGGUGCACGACGUUGACGGCGGAUUCCCGCUCCUGGCCCCGCCGCGCCCCCAUCGCUUCGUCGGCGGGAAGCGCGUAGCCGUGACGCCCGAGGCACUGGUAGCCAUGGCCGAGGAGCUCAAGGCCGACGGCGGCGAGGAGACGUCGACGAGGGGCAAGCUGAGGCCCAACAUGAUCGUCACGGUCGAGCCGGGCAUCUACUUUUGCCGCCCCUUCCUCGAGGCCGCCUUCCUGGCCGACCCCAAGCACGCGCGCUUCAUCGACGCUGACGUGCUUGAGGGCUUCUACCCGGUCGGCGGCGUGCGCAUCGAGGACUGCAUCCUCGUCACGCCUGACGGGCACGAGAACCUGACGUCGGCGCCCAAGGGAGCCGAGUUGCUAGACGUCAUCAACAACGGCGGCCACGGGUAG